AUGGACAGCCUCAAUGUUUUUAAUACCAAGUUCAACUUGUUCCUCAAGUACGAGAUGCCCAUCAAUAGACUAGGUGAAUACGAAGCCGAACCGCUCAAGACCUACCCUCGUGAUCAGUACGAAUACAAGUUCGAUUCUCAUAGUUUACGACCUUUGUACAACCCUUUCUGGAAUCUCCCCUUCGUCCAAGCCUACGACCUCCAUAAGCCAUACAUGCUGCACGUGGUAUACUUGAGAAUCCUGAAACAGCUUAUGGAGUGGCUGGAGGACUUCCUGAAAGAACAUGGUCAUUUGGAUGAAUUCAACGCCAUAUGGACGCACAUGCCACUUCACCCUGGAUUUACCCCCACCGAUGAAGCGCUAUCAAGCAGCCAGUCAAUGGCAAAGGAAGGAGAUACAUAA